UUUAAGAGAGCAAUUUAAAUUGGUCGACGAAAAGAUGUCUCGAUUUACGUUAAGCUUGCUGAUUUUUGUACUGAUUGUUAACUCAGCUCUGUCGCAGCUGGCACAACGUUUUAAAGGAAACAAUAUUGAACUGGAGCCCACUGCUGAUAACAAAUACCAUUUGAUAAUUCGUCAUUCAGAUGGAACUAUGAUUGAGUUGUUCGUGGAGAAGACUGAUAUCGGCAAGUUUGAAGUGAAGGGAAGACUCGAACAGGCAACAUAUAUCCGAUAUGCGAAGCACGGAGUACGCACUGAUUCUGCAUCUUCAGCACGACUUGCUGAUGAUACCGCAGCCGAUUUUGUUAUGGAAAGGCCUAUCUGAAAGGUUGCUCCACCUCAGCUUGGUAACCUAAGACCUAAGAAGUAGGCCAACUCUUAGUAGUCAAACUUUUUUAUACCCUUGUAAGGAGUAUAAUAAUUUUGUCGUGAAGUUUGCAACGAAUUUAUUUAUAUUGUAUAUUUAUUAUAUACACAUUUUUAGCACACAUUAAAUAAAUAAAUAAAAUAGAU